AUGAACCCUGCGUGCGCGCGCUGCGGGAAAACCGUCUAUCCGACCGAGAAGAUCAGCUGCCUCGACAAGAACUGGCACAAAGGCUGUUUCCACUGUGAAGUGUGUAAGAUGACGCUCAACAUGAAGAACUACAAAGGCUACGACAAGAAACCCUACUGUAACGCUCACUAUCCUAAGACGUCGUUCACUAUCGUGACGGACACACCGGAGAACCUGCGUCUGAAACAGCAGAGUGAACUACAGAGUCAGACGUUCAGAUCACUGGCUGUGUUCGCUCGUUGUGUUCGGUCGAUCGAGCUGUCAUCGACGCUCAUGUCCCACACAUCACAUCACACUGUGUGUUUCGAAGCUUCUCUGGAAGAUUGUGACCUUAAAACGGGUCACGGGUCUGUUCUGAUCGGCUCAUAA